AAACAACACACAUACAUAAUUUAUGCAAUAGCCUUCAUAAAAAGGGGAAACCUGUAACAAGUUCACGGCCAUUGACCAAGUGUAUAUUUAACUAUAUUCCUUUACAUUAAUUUAUGAUUAUUAUUGUAUCCCUCAUUUAUAUUUUUUUGUUUCUCGCUCAUUUAAUCUACUAGAUGUAUUCAGCAACAAGUUACAAGAGCAGUGCUUAUGACGAAGAUUUUGUUAUGACACCAAUUAAAUGUCCACCACCAAAGAUUGUAGCUGUUAAAAGAUCAUUAAAGAGAAAAAAGAAAAAUAUACUUAAAAAUAUCAUGGAUGAUGAUGAUGACUCGGAUGUUAAAGAUGAGAUUAUGAGUAUCGAGAGUUUUGAUGAAAGUGAUGCAAAAGAUCUCAUUGAAUUUGAAAAGGAAGAACCGUUAAUAGAUCUAAGUGAUAAUUCAAAUGAUGAAAAUAUCCAAGACACCGUAAAGGAUAUGAAUGAGAAAAAUUCCAACAGUAGUACAAUAACAAUGCUUUUGGAUCUACUGGAAAUUGGAAGUAUAAUAACGAGCAGUGGUAAGAAUGAAAUGGCAAUAGUGGGGAGCUGCGCAGAAGAUGAUAAUUAUGAUACACUUCCUACAUUAGGAAAGCAAAAGAAAAUAUCAUCAUCAUUGAAUGAACUUCCACUGGAUGCCCCCAGCGCAUGUGCAAAUGUGGAUACUGGGAAGACUGACUUGUCUAGUAUUCCAUCACUACCACAGCCUUUAUCAGCAAUCCAACCAGAAAAUUCAUCGAUUGUGAAAAAAUAUUCAAUUUGUUUAGAAAAACUAAAAGAAUUUGAUGAUAAAAGUAGUCAAAAGUUAAGAGAAAGUGAUUUCAAGUCUGAGGAUAAAGUGUAUAAAGGAAUUGAUAAAAGUUUUAUCGAUUUCGAAAGAUUGCAAAAAAAAUUCACACAAAAAAAUCUAGAAGAAGAAAAAUCAUCCAUUUUCACAUCGAUAUUAAGAAAAUCUUCCUGUGUUAAUGAAAGUUCAAAAAUCUUAUGUUGUUCAAAUAACGAUUGCAGCAAUUGUUCCACAUCCAGUUUUAUUAAUAGUAAUGAAUUUCAAAAACCUCAAUCGUCAUCGUCAGUAGCAUCAGUUGAAGAAGACAACGACCAAAAAAUUUUCAAUACUGACUUAAUUGUGAAAGAAGACAAAGAAAAGGAAGAAGUUGUAGAGCAACAGCAGUUGCAAUUUAAUAAUAAUAAAGCUCAAUUAAUUAAUUCGUUAGGAAAAGAAUCAAAAGUUGUGGUUGAGGAAUCAAGUGAUAAAAAUAAUAAUCGUGAAUCUGUGUGCAAUCAAAACUUUUCAUUAUUUUCAAAGUCAGAUGAUAGUGAUGGUAAAGUUUUAAAGGACGUCGAAGGAGAAUUAAGAGAUAAAGCUGCAGUAUCAUUUGACUUUCUCUCAUCAAAAACAUCACAAAGAAAACUUCCACCAAAGUUUUAUAGCUCAGCAACAUCACUAAAUCAAGAAAGUUGCUUUGAGGCAAGCUCAAGACUAAAAAGAUUAGAGGAGCGAUUCAAAGGAUUCUCGUACACUAAGAAACUUUUGCGAAGUUCAAAGGUCUUUUCUAAAUCCGAGGAAAUUCUUAGCUCGGUCGGAAAGGAUAGAGAGUUCAAGUCACAGUUUUAUAGUGGAAGCAACACAACUGAUUCAUUGAACUCCUCAUCUCUUCUACAAUUUCCAUUGACGACAUCUUCGACCUUGUCAGAUAAUUCCCUUAGGUAUGAGUGCGAUAAUAAAGAGUUGAAUUAUGGCACAACAUCAAAACUAUUAAUAAAUAAUGAUCGAGAAUCUACGCCAACAGAAUCUAAAAACAAUACAAGUAAGACAUUAGAGGACAUAAAAUUUGAAGACAAAAGUCUAUUGCCAGCAUCAAAUUCACUUCAACGACUUCAAUCGCCAGAAUCAUCUACAGAAUCGGAUGAAAUUUGUAAAAUAUUUCGUGAAAAGGAUAAAAAGUUUAUAGUUUGUGACGAGGAUAUAGUAAAUAAUAAUGUUAAUAAUGAUCAUGAAAACAUAGAGUGUGACGAAGAUUGUAGUUUUGUCUAUUUUGAGGAAGAUCCUGAGGAUAGAUCAGUGUCAAUUUGUGAAGACGACGAGGAAUUACAUGAGAAACUCAUUCAUAGCAUAUUCAAUGACAUUUCAUUCUCAAAUUGUGAAUUUGAUGUUCAGACAUUCCAUAAAUUCUUAAAAGAAUCAAUUGAAGACAAAAGCAAUCACGAACAUUAUUCAGAAGACGAAGACGACGACGAUCUAAAAAGUGAUGAGAGUGAUUUCUUUUGUGAUUGUUUAGUUGAAGCAGUGCCUUUGUGUCAUCAAACAUCCACAAAUAAUAAUAAUAAUAAUAUCAAAAUGCGUGAAACAGGUGCAGGAAAAUUAAGGGGAUUGCUUAAGGCACCUAAUCGACCACCACCCGCUCGUAAAAAUCGUGUAGUAUUCGAUGAGACGCGAAAUGAAUUUUUUGAAGCCGAUUAUAUAAUUUUGAUACGUGAAGAUUGUCCUUACGAUGAAGAGGACGAAGAGCCAUGUACGUGCGGAGAUCAUGAGCUUGUUCGAAUUUGUUGUGAUGAGGGAUGCAAUUGUGGAUACACAGAUGCUGAUGAUGGACGCACACCUCCGAGUCCAAAAUUCGCCCCACCAAUAGAAUUUGUUGAUCAAGCAACUUUAAGUCCACCAGAAGGAUACAAAGACGGUAGUUUACUUGACUCUGCAUUAUCAGAUGCUUUAAGCAAUCAUGUAUUUGGUGCUCAACAUAUUCAGCAACUUCAAGUUAUUCAAAGACUUCAACAGCAACGUGCAGCUAUGCUAGCGGCACGAGCAGCUGCAUCUAGUCAACAACAGACGCCUCAAACAACACAACAACAGCAGUCAAUUCCAAUUCAGCAACAACAACAGCAGCAGCAACAAAUUCCCCAACAACAAAUACAGCAACAAAAUGUCAUUAUCGAUCCACAGCAGCAAGCAGAAAUAUGCCCUGAAUGUACACAAUGCUCGGAAUGUGCUGCCGCCAAAUUGGCUGAAUUGGAAGCUGGAGAAUGUGACUCACAAUGUUCAGAAGAAGCAUCACCCAUGGAAGUUGCACCACCACCGCAUGUCUUAACGAUUGGAUCUCUUGUUCCUAUCCAAAAAUCGUCACCUGAACGUCGUGGUCAGAAGGAAAUUGUAGCUGGUGAGGAACGUCCUAAAUUCCUUACAACACCGACAACGACAAAGACUGAAGAUUCGCAAGCUGAAGAUUCAGAUCAACCGCCACCAAAGCCACCAAAAGCUGUAACCUUGCAACCGCCUGCUUUACCCGAAGGACGUAGUAGCAUUUAUGUGAGCUCACAGUCUGUUGAGAAUAUGAAGAAUGAUAUGAAUGCAACAAUUAUACCAAAGUUUAAUGUUAAUGGAACUGCUCAGGCUAUAACGGGAAUACUGAAAGGUGGAAAACUCAGAAAGACUGAUUCAAUUCAGAAUGACGAAAUGAACAGUACAACAUCAGACGAGGAAACGAGCUCAAGACGAUCUGUUCGAUUCAAUGAAGAGUCUGAAGGCGAGAAUCAGACAGCAGAUGCGAAUGCUACGGAUGAGGAAGGAAAGCCCAAAUCUGAGCAAUUGACAGAUUAUGUGACGCACAUGUCGCUGAAGAGACAUUCAAGCUUAUUCCAUAAUGCUUUAAGACCUAAUUCGGCAGUUCGUCAAUUGUUCCCUGCAAAAUCACCACCAUCAGCACUUACGGCUGAAGCCCUAAAAGCUUUCGAGGAAUCGAAACGAUCCGGAAAUCUCUUAACCGCAUCACAAACGAUUACGUCAGCUGGUUCGAGUAGCUCGACAAGCACUAGUCCAACGCCUUUGAGUCAAGUCAGCUCAUCCGAUACAGAUACUCUUAUUAAACGAUCCAUAGAAAGAAAUGCAUUAAGACGUUCACUUAUCAAAUACGAGCCAAAGAAAAAGGUUGUAGCAAAAGAAUCGACAUCACUUGAGGAGAGAAUUAGACAAUUGACAUGCGACAUUGAUGAGCCGCUUGAUAAUGAAGGAAAUAGUCCUAAUAAUAUAAACGAAUUAGAGCGUCGUGAUAGUCCGGCUGGUGAAGAGACACCCCAACAAGUAAAAUUCGAAAAGAGCUUCUCACCAUCAUCCUCCGCAUCUAGUUCAUCAAGCUGCUCAACUGGUUCUACAUAUAAAAAGAUUACAGACUUAUUUAAUAAAGACAAACGACAAGAGAGAAUUCCCGAGACAGAUGAAAAUCCUAUUGUUAUUCAAGAUUGUCGAUGUGGACCUGAUCUUGGUAUUGGAGUUCAAAUACAGCAGACAGGACAUUCUCAUCAUCCCCCACCACCACCACCUCGUAGUGAGACAACAAAGAGACAAUUUAAUACAUUGGCAUCGCUUACAGCAUGUGUUGCUGGACAACGAGAUGAUUUCUCCUAUUAUAUUGCCUCAAAACCAGGUGAUAGAACUUCAACAGCAAGUUCCCAGACGGGUGAUCAAUAUAGUAUAGGUGAUAUAGAUGCAGCACUUCAAGAUGGAGAUGGAAAGAAAGUAGCACCAGAUGUUAUAGCUGGCACGCCAAUGAAUUGUACCCCGGGACAAGAGCAAGAUGAAUUGGUGUCAUUUGCUCAGCAGGAAGCAAAUAGAAUGGAACGAAUUAAAAAACGAUAUAGCUCAGAUUCAGCACCGCCAUCGGGUGUCAAUUCGGAUGAUGAUGAACAAAAUGAUUAUGGAUUUAAUAAGAGACCGUCUGUGCGCGGUAUUAAGCCUCGUUUUGGAUCAACGAAUGAGAUUUUGCAACAAAUGCAGGAUCAAUUAUCUCAGCCUAAUAUUCAAACGACUACGGCAGUCAAUAAUCAAGCGGUAAAUAACAACAAUAGUGGAAAUCAAAUACAAUCGAAUACAUUACCUAGGACGAAUGCUUCUACGGGACAACUUCAAAUGACAAAUUCAAAACAGCAGCAGCAGCAGCCACAACAACCACAACAAAGUGGAGCUCAUCAGCAUCAACAUAGCGGAUCAUGGAGCUAUUAUCCUCAAACGGCAAAUGAUCAACAAGGUGUAAAGAAAGUGACUGGAGAUGCAUAUGGAAAUUACUAUCAUUUGCCGGCACAUGCUCGGCAUAGUUAUCAUGGAGAAGCUAUUUAUCAAAAUUGUCACACCAUGACCGUUCAGCAAACUCAACAAGCAAUUAUUCCUGGACACAUUCAUCAAAAAAUAAUACAGCAACCUCAUACUGCAGCCAUUCAUGCCAUCCAACAUGCUCAACAAAUUAAUCGAUUUAGUCAUUUUGCACGCAGUCCCACAAGACGACCAGAAUCACCACCACCGUUAAGAAAUUAUCAUCAAAUGGUGUUGAUACCAUAUAAGUCUGAUGCUAAUGGAACAUAUACCGCAUAUGGAAUUGCUGGAGAAGGAGGGGGAGGAGGAGGUGAGAACAACAUUUAUCAACGUCAGUUGGUUGAAUUUCAACAGGUAAAUGAAAGUAAAUCGAUGGUAACAAAUCCAGAUUUACAGAUUUUUGACGAAAUGCAGGUUACGCAACAAACAAUUAGAGUUCCAGUUGGAUGGAAUCCAAUUCCUGGUAUGCAAUUACAUGUUGUACGUCCAAAUUCAGCAACGCCUCAUUAUGCGACAUUACCCCGACAAAAUUCAUCAUCAGGAGUUGGAACGACGCCUACCAAUAAAUUUAUGUACACAGACAAACCACUCGAAACGCGUGGCGUGCCUGAAGGUGAAGCAAGUACAGGCCAACAAACAGAUUGUAUUAAUAACAUGAUACCGUCGAGUCAGGAUGGAGAAAGCAAUAACAAUAAUACAGCUGGAGGUACUGUUUUUUAUGCAAUGAAUAUUUGACAGGGCCAGUAAGACUGCAAUUGUCAUUUGAUUGCAGUUCCUUAAAAUUUUCGCAAGACUUACUAUAUCUGUCUAUUGAAAUUGGUUGUUAUAAAUUCUUUUGUAGAGACAAAUAUUUUUUUUUGUCAUCUUGAAAUCAUGAGGAUGUGUAAGAAAAUGUCACAGACUAAACGUGAAAAAUUACUUAAGGAAAAAUACAAUAUGUUAAAUAGAUUGCAAUCGAACUUUUGGGAUAUAGGGAAAUGAUACAUCAAAGACUUAUUCAUCUGACAUCUCAUCUUCUAUCUCUGUACUGAUUUAUAUCCAUCUCAAAAGUUCAACUCAUGUUUAAAGAGAGAAAAUACUCAAGAAAUGGGUAAUAUCUUCAGACUCACGGAAAUUGCUAUAGAAACUAUAUAUAUAUAUAUAUAUAUACAUUGUUAGAGCAACAAAAUUUAAUUUCUGAAAACAGAAAAAAGAUUAUAUAUAUUAUGAUGAAAUUGAAUCGAAUUUAGGACACGAAAUAUGAAAUAUGAAAGGAUUUGUUGAAGCUGAUUAAGGCUCAAACUUCACAUUACAUUACAAAUAGUUGUUUUUUGCAAAUUAAAAUCGAAGAAAUUUUUGAACCUCCAUGAAAAUAAGGAACAAAUAAUAAUACAAAAGAUGUAAAAUAAACAUUUUAUGAGUGACAUUGUACUUAAUCGAGAUUUAAUUAAAGUUUUUUGAAAAUUUUAGAAGAUCAUAAAAAAUAAUACAAAGAAAAUGAAAAUUAAAUGUAAAUUGAUUUUUUUUAUUUCCCCCAACACGACCAAAAUAGCUCAUUUAAGCUUGAGGAUAAGAAAAGACAGUAUCAAAUAAAAAGGAUUAUUUUUUUUAUUUUGUGAAGCUGAGGACGAAAUAACAUAAAAGAAAGUUAAAAACAGUUCAUGAAAUAUUGAAUAGAUGAAUGAAGCUAUGGCAUGAAAGAUUUUUAUUCUCAAUGUGACGCCUCGAUGAGAACUUAUCAAUUUUUUAAAAUAGUAUUACGAAUUAUGGUGAAAAAACAAUUUUAUUUUCAAUGUGCCUAGAGUAGUCAUUUUAUUAUAUUCGAUGAAAAUCAUCAUUAAGAAAAUUUGAUAAAUUAUGUAUAGAAAUCACCGCGAAUCCGAUAACAUUUGCACAUUUUUGGCACAACUGAUAGUUAAAUUUGUAACGACUUUUUUAAAAUUGAAAAUUAACUGAAUUGAAAUAAUUUUCAAAAUUUAAAUGACGGAUAAUUUUUUUAUCGGAUUAUUUAGAUAAAUUCUUACCUUGUUUUUUUGCUAUAAGCUAGUAGCUUAGAAGAAUAAAAAAGUGAUUUUUUUUGGCUCACUAGUAGCUUAGAAGAAUAAAAAAGUGAUUUUUUUUGGCUCACUAGUAGCUUAGUAACGAGUAGUCAUAAUGCAUUGAAACUGAUUCUUAGAAAGUUGAAAAAGAUUAAUUAAACUUUAUUUUUGGUAGUAGCUUAGGGGCCGUUCUUUUAUUACGUUACGCAAGAAAACGACUUUUUUUCGUGAACUUUUUUUUUUAAAAGACAGACGACAGUUUGAACGUUACAUACUUCUUGACACCCCCCCCCCCCCCCCCCCCAUUUUUCAACCCCCCCCCCCCCUCCCCCAUAAAAUGCGAACGUAAUAAUUGAACGGCCCCUUAGUAAAGAUUACAAAAAAUUUUGAAGUUCAAAAAAAACUUUACUAAGCUAGCAGCUUAGUAACGAGUAGUAGCUUAUAACGAAAAAACAGGGUAGUUCAAAUUAUUAAAAGAAUCCAGUCAGCCAAAAUGUAUACAAUAUUAACAGUUGUGCGAGACAUGUGCUGAAUGGUUGUUAAGCUCAAUAAAUUCUAAGUUGAUGAGGAAAAUUGCAUUGCUUCAAUUCGGCUUUUAAGCACCUUACAUUUUCGUGGUAAAUAAAAUUCGCACAAAAAUCGAAUAAAGAAGAAAAUCCAUUUUUUGAGUUAUGAAUGAAAUAUACUGAUAACAUAAUGAGCUCUCAUAGCUUUAAAUUGAAAUUAAAAAAGAUAUUAAAAAAAUUAAUCACACUAGAAAUGUUUAAUACAAAAAAAAAGAAAUGAAAGAAAUUCUAAAAGAUAUUUAUUUUCAAAAAGUUAAACUUAUUAAUAUCAAAAAAAUUGUUUUAUCUUUUAUUUGAAAAGAAGUAAAAUAAAAAAGCACUGAGAGCUAUUGAAAUUAAGUUUUUGCGACAAGAAUUAUCUCAUGAAUCUCAUUUUAAAUGACCGAAAAAAAACUGAUUGUAGAAAAAUAAAAAUUGUAGAACAUUUAAUUUAAGUUUGCAUUAUUAAGAGAAAAAAAUCUUCCAAAAAAUUACCAAAAUUUAUUCAAAUCAAUGUAAAUUAACGAAAUAAAUAAAUAAAUUAUAGUUGCGCAUAUUUAAGAGUCAUAACAAUGAGGAUUAUGAUAAAAAAAAAAAUAAAGUAAAAUAAAUAAGAAAUUAAUAUGAAGUAUCGAAGAAGAGAUAAUUUUUUUUGAUGAUGAUAACAAUGAACAUUAGAGAUGAAAACUUAUAUUAAAUUAAUAUGGCAAAACAAAUGAAAUAAAAAUGAAAAUAUGUUUAUCAUGAA